AUGCAAAAACUGUCUCAAUCCUCUCGCCCGGACCCCGCGGCGCUCUACCCCCCUCCCCCGUCUCCCCUCACUCACCUGGGCUCGCUGCUCACCGGACACGACGCUCCGACCACCGGCGACUGGCAACACAGGAGACUGGAGUCUGAGUUCCAGGCCUGUCACUUUAUGGAGACCACCAGAGAAGCUUUGAGAGACCCUCACACGGACCAGAGUGUCACUAUUCUGCACGCCAAGGUCGCCCAGAAGUCCUACGGCAACGAGAAGAGGUUUUUCUGUCCUCCUCCUUGUGUGUACAUCAGUGGUCAAGGAUGGAGGCUCAUGCAGGACAAUCUCAAAGCGUCUGGCUUUGGAGACUCGGUGUACCAGGUCAGAGGAUACAUGUGUCUGGACAGCUCCAGCCAAUCACAGACUGACGCUUUUAAACUGGUGUUUGAUGAGCAACAAGAACCCAGGCAGCUGUUUGCCUGCGCCAAGUCCCUGUUCAUCUCAGACCAGGACAAGAGGAAGCACUUCCGCCUGCUGCUGCGUCUCUUCCUGGGCAGACAGGAAGUGGGCUCCUUCCACAGCCGCCUCAUCAAAGUCAUCUCCAAACCCUCACAGAAGAGGCAGUCCAUGAAGAACGCAGACUUGUGCAUCUCGUCGUGCUCCAGAGUGGCCCUGUUUAACCGCCUGCGCUCUCAGACUGUGUCCACACGGUACCUAUCUGUGGAGGGAGGGGCUUUUGUGGCCAGCGCCCGCCACUGGACGGCUUUCACCAUCACUAUGGUGGAGGAGCAGAGAGCAGACUUUGCCCUGACUGAGAGCUUCGUGUGUUAUGGUUGUGUGGUCCAGCUGGUGUGCACUGAGACCGGGGUAGCUCUGCCUCCUAUGGUGAUCCGUAAAGUGAACAAGCAGCACGCCAUCCUGGACGUGGACGAGCCGGUGUCUCAGCUUCACAAAUGUGCGUUCCAGUUCAGAGACAGUCCACAGUCUUAUCUGUGCCUGUCCAACGACAACAUCAUCCAAUACCACGCCCAGUGCCCAAUGCGGGACCCCAGCCGAGUGGUUCUGAACGACGGCUCUUGUUGGACCAUCAUAGGGGUGGAGUCUGUGGAGUUCAGCUUUAACCAGGGCCUGGCUCACGCCCAAAGCCCUGUCAGCCCUUUCCCCGUCAUUUCUGCACUGGAGGUAAAUGGUGGCGGACAUGUUGCGAUGCUGGAGAUCCAUGGAGAGAACUUCAGCCCGCAUGUCAAAGUGUGGUUUGGGAGUCAUGAAGCGGAGACUAUGUUCAAGUCCCCCAAGUCCCUGGUGUGUGUGGUCCCUGAUGUCUCUGUCUUCUCUGAGGGCUGGCGCUGUCUCCGGAGGACCAUCACUGUCCCACUGACCAUCAUCAGACUGGACGGGAUCAUCUUCCGCACGCCCUACAGCUUCACCUACACGCCUGAGCUCCAGCUGGCCCCUGUCCUCCGGGGUCCCGAGCAGGGCCGCAGGCAGGAGGGGGCUCAGGGGCCACAGGAGGGGGACGACCUGCUGGAGACCAUACACCAGGAGUUCACACGCGCCAACUUCCACCUCUUCAUGCAAAGUUAAAGGUGCAGUGAGUAACUUUUUUGGUGAAGGGUCCAUCAAACGAGGACCUUAAAGGAGAGGACAUGUUUUAGAAGGAGGUUACAGAGAAAAGAGACAAUGAACCUUCCCGUGGAUUUCAUAAUGAUGGAAAACCUGGACUGUUGUCAGUGUGAUUAUCAAUUCAAGACUAAAUCCAGUAUGUUUUGAGCAGGAAGCAAGUUCAAAAUGCUGCAUAUAACAGAAAAUUUUAAGUUUUAAUUAAAAGCUUUGUAAUAAAAGGCAACAUUGCAGCUAUUUGGAUUCUAAGGAAAAUGUUAUUAUAAUUGUACAAUGACACGGCAGCAGGGUUGUCAAAAGUAUCGAAAAUCCUAAAACUGUCUUCUCAUAUUCAUUAAGCACGUAUCAAUACUAAAAAGUCACAUUCACAGAACAGAAAUGAACCUUUCGUGAACAGCUUUAGAAUGAUGAAAUACAAGAGCACAUGGACGAGUACACGCCCAUGGACCACUACGGAACAUUCCUGGACGGCUGACAGAUAAAAGACCACAUGGUAAAAAAGUACCGUAAUUUCCGGACUAUAAACCGCUACGUUUUUCUCACACGUUGAAUCCUGCGUCUUAUAAAACAAUGUG